UCUGCUCUGCUGGGUUUGGUCAUCUUGUUAAUGUUAGAUGCAAGAAUUCAAGCUGGGACCAAUGUUGACAUGCUCCCCACUACAUUGGACCCUGGGUUUCCUAAAAAUGCCAGCACGAAUGACCCAGAAGUCAAGAAAGCAGCAAGGAUAACUGUGUAUGCAUACAACAACAUGUCCAAUGAUGCUUUCCUAUUUAAAGAUCUGGAGAUAGAGAAAGCUAUGAUACAGGUUGUGAAAGGUAUAAAAUACACACUGAAGAUUAAACUAGCAAGGACAGUUUGUUACAAGAGCAUGAAGGAUGUUUUGGAUGAGUGUGACUUCCAAUCAAGAAAACCAUUGAAACAGGUAUGCUAUUAUCCUUUAGAUGGGUAUAUAAAUCAGAGACGUGAAAUGGCUCAUUAA